GCAGCACAGUAAGCAUAGUAUCCAAGAUCAAGACUUCACAUUUUGCUUUGUUCCCUUUUUAACUUUAUGUAUUUGGGUGCCAUUCAUAUAUGUGAAAUCACGUGAACCUCUUAUUUGCCCUUUCUGAUCGUCCUUUAUAAGGAAUUUUGCCACUCGAUGCCAUGGCGUAGGCCCCCUUUUGCCUUUUCCUCUCAAUCAUUCAUCCCUUCCCUAAUCUCAAUAAACAUACAUACAUCUCUCCACCUUUACUGGACGACUAUGCACGCCAAGCGCAUCACUUGGUUGCUCCAUCUUCCUUAGCUUAUAUUUCCUCAUGUCUUCUAGUAAUUGCUAUUCAUCUCUUUAUCCUUUUCCUAUUGACCUCAACGAAGACGUAUAUAAUGUUGAGCAGCAGUUCCAUGAUCUAGAAGAGGAAAAAGUAUAUGUUCCGGAAGAUGGACCAUUGAAGACUGAUUGCGAGCUCAAGUUAUCAACAUGGAAAGAAGAAGAAGAAGAAGAAGAAGAAAGGGUUGAAACUCAUCAAAGUCGUGAGAAUUUUAGUUCUGCGAACUGGAUGCCUUCGAAGAUGAGGAUCUUAAGGAAGAUGAUGAACUCGGAUCAUGUCGAUCUAUCGAAUAAUUCUGAGCUGAAAUCUAAAGAUCAACACAAGCAGCAGCAGCCAUCAUCGUGUACGGAUCACAGCGGCAACUCUUAUAACAACAACAGCAGCAGCACAAUUAGGGUUUGUGCUGAUUGUAACACAACCAAGACUCCUCUUUGGAGGAGUGGACCUCGAGGCCCCAAGUCGCUUUGCAACGCCUGUGGAAUUAGACAAAGAAAAGCGAGAAGAGCCAUGGCUGCUGCUGCUGCUGCGGCAGCGGCAACUGGCAGCACUGCUGUUGCUGCUGAGACAACGAAAACGGCAAGUGUGAAGAGUAAGGUUCAACAUAAGGCAAAGAGAUCAAGCGACGAUUGUGUUCCACAUUUCAAGAAUAAAAAGUACAAGCUUACUCCUCAAUCCCACAGCAGAAACAAACUGUGUUUCGAGGAUUUAAGGAUAAUCUUGAGCAAGAAUUCAGCUUUUCAUCGAGUUUUUCCUCAGGAUGAGAAAGAAGCCGCGAUCCUGCUGAUGGCCUUAUCGUAUGGACUUGUUCAUGGCUGAAAAUUCUCUCCACCAGCUGCUCAUAUAUAUAUGUUGUUUUCUUACGUUUUAAUAAUGUUGGAGUGUACUAUGUACCAGCUAGCUAGAUCAUAAAUGCCCGAACAGUAAAAGUGAGUGAGAAAAUUAAGUAGUUAGGAAAACAUA